AUGAACAAACAAACUGAAAGACCAAAAAGAAAGCGCAAUAGGAUUCCUCUUAGUUGCACUAUUUGUAGAAAAAGAAAGGUCAAAUGUGACAAAACGCAUCCUUAUUGUGUACAAUGUACAAAAACUGGAAUGAGUCAUUUAUGCCACUAUAUGGAACAAAGCUGGGCCCAAGAAGCUGAACUAAUUAUUAAUAGAGAUGUUGAAUUGAAACAAUUACGUGAAAGGGUUAAACUAUUGGAAGAUGCUCUAGCUUCAGCUACAACUACUGCUUCUUAUAAUAAUAAUCCAGACUAUAAUUCCAAGGCAGACCAUACUGAUACCACUGGUCAUUCUGAACCUAUCGAAUUGCCAUCGGAUAGUAAUGAUUCACACGAUUCUUCAGAUUCAUCAUUUGACACCAGCAAUAAUAGUGAUACUACUACAUCAAUAAUAUUAUCUAAGAAAAAAAAUGAAAAAAAGACUAGUUCAGUAAUCGAUCACAUUGAUAUAACAAAACAAUUUGCAAUUUUACAUAUUAGACCAAAAUCAAUUGUUCACCUAGGGGUAACACACUGGAUGGCUAUGAUGAGGGGUGAUCCUUACUUAAAAGUCUUAUGGAAUCAAAUAUUUAUGAUGCAAGGAGCUUUUAUGGAAUGGUCUAAUAGAAAUAACAAAUGUGUUACUAAUAAUAUAAAAACCAUGAAAAAUAAUCUCCACACUUCAAGUGUAUUUAGUGAGUCUCCUCCAAUACAAGUACCUGGUCCUUCAUCAUCAUCAUCUAAAUCCAUCUUAGCAAAAAAUAACCCUUCGAACCUAUCAUUUAAAGAUCCUUUAACAGCAAUAGUUAAACUACUACCUCCUAAGAACAUUAUUCAGCUCUUUUUAGAUAGAUUUUUCAAACAUUUAUAUUCUAUUAUUCCAAUUUUGGAUGAGGUCUCUUUUAAGCAUUCCAUUGCUAUAAUCCUAGAUAUCCAUCCUAACUCACAUCACAGUCCUAGCAACGAUAACUCAUCUAGUAUCAAGCCAACAUCUAAUACUUCCACUAAUUCAAUAGAUGUUUCUUCAAUUAAACUGCGCAAAUCUUCUGAUUUUUAUAACUUCGCAAUUUUAAUAAUAAUUUUAAGACUUACUUGGCUGUCGUUGCCUUCGAAUUCCUACAAAAUAAAAUUACCAAAAGAAUAUUAUAAAGAGAGAAAUAUUUCCACCUCAAUAAACCAGAAACCUUAUAUUUCAAAAGAUGAGCACAUUUUAGUGAACUACGAAAUAUCUUCGGAAGCUAUUGAGCUUGCUGCUCAUAAACUAAUUAAAUUUGACGAAUUAAGAACUAUAUCAAAUGAUAAUAUUAAUUUAUCUACCGUACAAUUUGCCAUUUUUUUUAAGUUAUAUUUGUUAUCAACAAAUGAUUCAAGCACUUUAGACGCAGCUACAUCUGAAGAUAUUAAAACAAAAUCUCUACCAAAAGAGUCACCAUCACCAACCUCUUCAGCAACAAACAAUAAUCUCCAGGAUGUUCACCAAGUUUUACUAUCGUCAAUAAUUCAAAUGGCAUUUUCUUGUGGUCUGCAUAGAGAUCCAGAUAACUUUCCUCAACUUUCCAGCAGUAUUUCUUCGCAUCACCCAGAAGUAUCGCAUAAUACAGAAUCUCCCUCAAUGAACACAGCAACAGGAACUGUAAAUUCUAGGUCAUAUUCCCCUGAAAGAUAUAAGCAUUCUUGGAGAAAAACAUGGUACUAUAUUGUUUCAUUAGAUAUCCAACAAUCCUUACAAUUGGGUACUCCAAGAAAUUUGAGGAACUUACAUGAUUUCAGCGAUACAAAGCUACCUGCAUCUUCAAAAAUUGACUAUGUACGUGAUAUUAAAGAAUUGCUUAUUGUUAAAAAUUUUUCAUUAUUUUUUCAAAUUGAUUUAUGUAUAAUUUCUGUUCUAAAUCAAAUUCUGAAUGUAUCUAAGGCAAAAGAUGUAACAAGAAAAGAAUUGGAAAUUUUAAUUUCUGCAUUAAACGAUUUAAUUUUGGCUAAAAGGCCUAUCAAAGAAAUUAUUAAUUCAUUAGUGGACAAUGGGUUGCUAUAUCAAAAUGAAGGUGCCUUAAACUUAAAUGAUAAUAUCACUGCUAUUGACGAAAAUUACCAAUUACCUCCUUUGGAUGACCUAUUGAGCUAUGGGCAAACAAAAGUUGAUAAUAUUCAUCCAAAUGAAACAAUUACCAGUGACACUGGCUCAACAUCUACAAUAAAAAGAAUUGAUGUAUCUGCAAACCAUCAACAAGCUACAAGGGCAGUAUUUUUUUCCAAGCAUCUAACAUUAAGAUCAGUUCUGUAUUUAUUAAAUUAUCUUCUAUUCACUCAUUACGAGGCAUUAGGUAGCCAUGGUGCAUCGACCCUCAAUCUAACUGAAUAUUAUGCUCAACAGACUUUAAAUUUAUCAAUGGAUAAUUUUCAAAAUUGCUUUAUCUUUUUCACUAAUUACAAUAUCACUAAGAAAAACUCCUUAUUUGCCUUUAGUAGGUUCAUUUUAACUCCCCAUUGUUUAGAUAUGGCUAAUAGAUCACUGCAAGUUUUUAUUUGUAUAAUAUUAAGAGCUACUUCUGGUCCACUUCCAGAUUUUCCAAAUGAACAAAAUUUUGUAUUACCAAACCCAAAGACAAAGGAGAAAAUUCACUCACAGAAUGAGAAACACGAAAUUUUGCAGAAGUAUAUGACAUUAUCUCCAAUUCACUUAAACUUAUCAGAACCGUUCUUAUCCGGUAUAUUAAUGGAGAAAUUAAAUUUAUUUUACCAAUUAACAAAAUCAUUAUCUAAUAGCUAUGCAGCUGCUAGGAAAUUGAUGCAGCUAACAACAUUUUUUAUUACAUUACUGAAACAAUCAAGCAUGGAUAAUACACUUGAAGACACUACUGACUAUCAGCGCCCAACGAUUAUUUCACAAAAUAAAUCAGUUUCAACUAAUGAUAAAAGUUUUCCACCUAUUAAAUAUAUUAAUUCAAAUUCUUCAAGCUACACAAGUCUUUAUCAACAUAUACCCCACCCUAACAACUCAUCUCCUAAUAGAGAACCUACUAGAUCCUUAUCUAUUAAGAACUUAACAACCGUUACUGGAUCAUCAUCUAUUUCUCAUACUCCCCCUCAGAUAUAUUUUAAAAAUAGUACUUCAAUGCCAAAUGUCUCAUCUGAGCAUUUACUAGCAGUAAAAAGUUAUAAACCUGUUACUUUUAAUAGUAAUGGAAUAUACGAAGCACUAUCUCCAAAUUUAAAUCCCUCCGCACCUUCUUACCUCGAUAAUAUUAAGAAAAGAAAAUUAUCAGUUACAGAACCUCAAAGUACAUCACCUCCUAUUCAUUUUGAUUAUACCUCUAAUCCCGAGAAAUUGAGAACUCCAGGCAUCUCUCAACAAUAUUAUUCUCCAGCUUCAACUCAACUAAAAUCACAACAAAAUUCACCUCCCUAUUUGCAGCAGCCCCAUAAUAGAACCAGUAUACCAUUAAGGGUUACUCCAACAUACAGGGCUAGCCAAUAUUCUCCCACUACUUAUAGUCCAAAUAUUAUUCAAAAGAAAAAUACAAGCACUAUUGGAAGCCUAUUAAAUUUAAGUUCCGAAAAUGCUCCUCUGUUUACCCAGAAAUCGGCUAAUGGUAGCAUUGGUCAACAAAACCAUCAUAUCGAACCACUACCUCCUCUGAAAAGGAUAGCCUGUAACUUAUCGGGGUCAAUCCAAGAUUCAUCAAUGAAAACUCCAUCAACAAUUGGAUAUAUUCACAAUAACAAUUCAACCCAGCCUGCUACAACGAUGCCCCCACCACAUAUCUCUUACCAGUCUCACAACCAACAACAGCAACAACAGAUACACCCACCAAUUGUAUCAUCUGUUCCAUCACCUUACUCACAAGUUACUGUUAGCUCAGCCCCCAGGCCUAACUCCUCAAGAAUUACAACUCCGAACUCCUAUUCUAUUGGAACUGCGGUAUCAACUCCCAAAACUGAUUCACCAGUAUCGACACCUUUAUCCGUUAAAUUUACUCAACAUGGUAAUAACAACUUCGAUUUUGAAGGAUUUUUACAAGAUAAUUUUAAUUUUAACCGUUUAAUGGUUAAUCCCAAUAAUUUUUGUGAAGCAGUAGGAUUAAAUAGCUCUGUUAUGAACACAGUAGGCACUUUAAAUAACAAUUCACAAAAUUCUAGGUUAGUACACUCUAGUACGCAGGAGUUCCUUUCUGAUAGUACUAAUGCGCCUAUUUCAGGAAUAACUAAUACCAGUCAACAAUUAAAUAAAAAUGGAAAUAUAUGUUCUUCUAAUAGUGAUACUAGUAGUUUGACCCCAUCCCCACCAGAUUCAACAAACAGGUAUAAUAUAAUCACAAGUAACGACAGAUAUCAACAAAAUGGUCAAAAUUCGCAAUUAUUUGAUUUCACAAAUAAUAACAGGCUUUUACCACUUUUUGAGAAUCUAGCUGAGUUUACUGGCUCUGAGUUUCAAGAUUGGAAUUAA